AUGCACGGUAUACCCGCCCACUCCGUCCUCGCCUCUGAGAUAGAGCCAAUACCUGAUUCAACUGUGCGUUGGGCCGAGGUUGAUCCUACUCUUUCUUCAAUAUCCGACACAGAAAUUGGUGCACCACUGAGAGUGACGGUCAAGGCAGGAGAUGCACUUUAUUUGCCUGCAGGAUGGUGGCAUCAUGUUGCCCAGUCUGGGGACAAAGAAAGCGGGGUGUGCAUUGCGUUGAACUGGUGGUACGAUGUCGAAAUGAGAGGCAUGACAUGGACUUGGAUGUCGUUCCUAAGGCGGAUGGGAGCACCCAACGGAGAAGAAGAUGAAGCAGCGUAA